UGCGGAAGUCAGAGGAAAGCUUGCGGAAGUCACCUCUCUUCUUCUACCAUGUGGGUCUCGGGGAUUGAACUCUGCUCGUCAGAGUUUAUCAGGUGCGGCCAGUUUGCCAUCGUGAAGAAGUGCCGGGAGAAGAGCACAGGUCUGGAGUAUGCAGCCAAGUUCAUCAAGAAGAGGCAGAGCCGGGCCAGCCGUCGGGGCGUGUGCCGGGAGGAGAUCGAGCGGGAGGUGAGCAUCCUGCGGCAGGUGCUGCACCCCAACAUCAUCACGCUGCACGACGUCUAUGAGAACCGCACCGACGUGGUGCUCAUCCUCGAGCUAGUGUCCGGAGGAGAACUGUUCGAUUUCCUGGCCCAGAAGGAGUCGUUAAGUGAGGAGGAGGCCACCAGCUUCAUUAAACAGAUCCUGGACGGGGUGAACUACCUUCACACAAAGAAAAUUGCCCACUUUGAUCUCAAGCCAGAAAACAUCAUGUUGUUAGACAAGACCAUCCCCAUCCCACACAUCAAGCUGAUUGACUUUGGCCUGGCUCAUGAAAUAGAAGACGGAGUUGAGUUUAAAAACAUUUUUGGAACACCCGAAUUCGUUGCUCCAGAAAUCGUGAACUAUGAGCCACUGGGACUGGAGGCCGACAUGUGGAGCAUCGGCGUCAUCACCUACAUCCUACUAAGUGGAGCGUCCCCCUUCCUGGGAGACACGAAGCAAGAAACACUGGCAAACAUCACAGCUGUGAGUUACGACUUCGAUGAGGAGUUCUUCAGCCAGACAAGCGAACUGGCCAAGGACUUCAUUCGGAAGCUUCUUGUGAAAGAGACCCGGAAGCGGCUGACCAUCCAAGAGGCUCUCAGACAUCCCUGGAUCAUGUCAAAAGCAGAAGCCAGAGCCCCUGAGCAGUGGAAGACACAACCUGCCCAGCUGAAGACCAAACGCCUGAGAGAGUAUACCCUCAAAUGCCACUCAAGCAUGCCCCCCAACAACACUUACGUCAACUUUGAGCGCUUUGCCCAUGUGGUAGAGGAUGUGGCUCGGGUGGACAAGGGAUGCCAUGCCCUAGCGGGAGCCCAUGACACCCUGCAGGAUGAUGUGGAGGCCUUGGUCGCUAUCUACAACGAGAAGGAGGCUUGGUACCGAGAGGAGAACGAGAAUGCCCGCCAUAACCUGUCCCAGCUCAAGUAUGAGUUCCGUAAGGUGGAGUCCCUGAAGAAGCUCCUGAGAGAAGACAUCCGGACCACAGGGGCCAGCCUCGGAGGCAUGGCCAGGAAGCUAGACCAUCUGCAGGUGCAGUUUGAGGCUCUGAGGCAGCAACUCUCGGCCGACAUCCAGCGGAUGCAGGAACUGGUGGGCAGCUCCCAGCUGGAGCGUGGGAACACGGAUGGUUACGGUCUGGGCUCCAUGUUCCACCAGGACACCAGUGAGUCCCUGUCGGAGCUGCUCAAGAGAUCGCACACAGAGGAAAUCCUGGCCGGCUUGAAGCUCUGAGCGCCAGAGUCUAGUCAGUAGUGCGUUCCCAGUGCUUUGCAGAAGCAUGCUGUCUUCUACUCUACUGGGGCGUCCCACCGGAAUUAUCCUGCAGAGUGUGCAUGCAUUCUUCUACUCCCUCUAGAGUUUCCCAGCCACCGAGGUGCUAGUUAGUGAUUUACUUUGCACUCCUUCACCAGCCUGGUUUUCUGAGGGGGCGCUGACACAGCAAGCUGAGCUGUGGAAACAAUUAGAAAAUACAUCCCCGCAGCAUGCCCUUCUCCAGGGGGUAUCUGCCAGCCCCCAGGAGAUACUUGAUAACUCAGUAAUGAUGACAGACUGGCUCACCUCUCAGGUUCCGUCCGCAUGCCUUGAGUGCAGAUCUUGGGUAAUGAUCGACAUAACUAAGAAUAACUUAGUCGGCAGGUUGCUUUCCUGUUACAGAGUCGGGAUUUUAAAAUAUACAGAGAAAUAUUAACUUUCUUUUAGAUUGUCUUCUCACUCAUCAAGUCUUUAUGUCUGUGACCUUAUUAAAUUUGUAAAGCACUCUGUGAGAUAAGAGGCUGGGAUAUAGCUCAGUUUCUAGAAUGCUUGCCUAGCAUCUGCAGAACCCUGGACUGUAUCCCUAGCAUAGCAUAAACUGAGCUUGGUGGUACACACCUCUAUCUGGUACUUAAGAGGAGGAGUCAGAAGGAUUGGACAAUUAGAGUUAUUUCUGGCUAUGCAUUGUGUUUGAGUUAAAGGCCAGCCUGGGAUAUAUGGGACCCUGUCUUGGGGUGGGGUGCAGCUCUGUGAGCUGAGAAAGUGAAUGACAGUAUUUUUACUAUUCAUUUCUCUGUAGCCAAUGAAAAAAUUGACUCAGAGAAGGAGAAUGAGUUAGAAUCAUUCAUAACCUGUUUGAAACCCAUGUUUGAGGCAAGGUAUGGAAGAAGUUUCGUGAGGCUUAGCUGUAAAUAUCCAUCUUAAUAGUAAAGUCAUGAUCCCAGAGGCUAAGGGGUCAACUUUACAUUGAAAAUGAAGAUGAGAGGCAGACAACAAGGUGUUUAUUCAUAUCUUCUGGGCCAUGGGCCCUUAAGUGUGGGAAACCUCAGAGAGCUUUGGGAAGCACAAGGCUCAUUGGUCUCUUCUAGCACCAAAACUUUGAGCAUCAGGAGGUUUGUGUGAUGUCAUCUCCCUCUCCUAGGAGGAAGGCCCAUCAGUACAUCCAUGCAGACAGCACAUAGAAUAUGGCCCCUGAACCCCACAUGAUGCUAGGAGCUUGGGACUGGGGACAAACUGUGUUGUUUCAAGUACCUCCACAGCCUUGCAAAACACCCAUAGUAUUUUUAUUAAAUAUCAUUCUCAGGUUAGUGAGAAAACAAAGAAUGUGACUUGUCCUGGGUCAUCAUAAGGUUAGUGAUAAAAGUGGGAGCCUUCUGAUGAUUCCGUAGCUCUUUCUGACUCCCUUAACUGCUUGGACUCUAGGAACUUAUGCUCUGCUUAAGGAGAUGGGUGAUACCCAAGUUCAUCCAUCCCUUCAGACAUAGUUAGCAGGCACCUGCCAGUUUCCAAAUAGCUGACUUGAGUCCGGGGAUGUGGUGUCAAGUAAUAUCAAGCUGGUUUUCUGCUUCCCUGGAGUUCUCAGUUGAGUGAUAGUUUCUAGCAUUAAUCAAGAAUUCCAUAACUGCAGAACUACAGCUGGUUCCCAUGUUGUGAAAGAGAAGUAGGUAGCACUGCAAGGCCUACAGUCAGACAGACAGACAGACAGACACAGACAGACAGACAGACAGACAGACACAGACAGAGACAGAGACAGAGUGGAGUUGAUCUGCUCAGGGCAUGUAUGGAGGACACUGGGGCUGUGGUCAGCUAAGGAAACCAAGGAGAGAGGUGUCCCCCAUAGGGCCAUCAUAUCAGUGUCCUGUGGU